GAUGAACCUCCAAGAAACGAUGAAGGCGAGGAGAUGCUUGUAUAUGGGCCACUUCCUCGAGAACCGGACGAAAAGUUGUACCCAUGGAAGUAUGAACGAAAGGAUAGCGGCGUACGCAGAUUCUUCCGCUUCUUCAAAGAACUCGGUGCUGCGACGCCAUCACCGCGACGCGGCUCCUCCACCAAUAAUUCUCCCCGCCCACAACGUGCAAAUGCGGGAAAUU